GGUCAAGAGGAUGAGAACUACCAGAAGCUAUUUCUUGUGCCAUGGGAAGUUAAGGAGCCGGAGGACGUAAAAGAGAUAUUUGGAAUUAUCUCAAAGACUCACAUGAAAAACCCAUUCAAAUCCUCCGUUUCUCAGGAGUCAUUUACUGAAUUAAAGAAAUACAGCAUAAUCCAGUCAGGAUCAAAACAGUAUCAAGGCGUGGAUCUUGGAGACCAUUCCAGGGAUAGUGGAACAUUUUCUGGUCAAAGUAAAUGUAUGAUAUAUGGCAAGAGUUUCAUCUUUAAGUCUACUCUUGCUUUAUUUCAAAGAACUCACAAAAGAGCGAAACCAUAUAAAUGCCUGGAGUGUACAAAGUGCUUCAGUCAGAAAGGGGGCCUUAGACUGCAUCAGAGAACUCACACAGGGGAGAAACCGUACAAAUGCAUAGAUUGUGAAAAGAGCUUCAGUCACAAAGGGGACCUUAAGCGUCAUCAAAGGAUUCAUACAGAGGAGAAACCAUAUAAAUGUAUGGAGUGUGGAAAGAGUUUCAGUGAGAAAGGGACCCUUAGGCUGCAUCAGAGGACUCACACAGGGGAGAAACCAUAUAAAUGCAUGGAGUGUGGCAAGAGCUUCAUUCACAAAGGGGCCCUUAGGCGGCAUCAAAGAACUCACACUGGGGAGAAACCAUAUCACUGCAUAGAGUGUGGAAAGAGCUUCCUUCAGAAAGGGGAUCUUAGGCGGCAUCAAAAUAUCCAUUCAGGAGAGAAACCAUAUAAAUGCACAGAGUGUGGAAAGAGUUUCAGUGAGAAAAGUAUUCUUAUGGGGCAUGAGAGGAUUCAUACAGGGGAGAAACCAUAUCAGUGCCUGGAGUGUGGAAAGAGCUUCAGUCAGAAAGGCUACCUUAGACAGCAUCAAAGUAUUCACACAGGGGAGAAACCAUAUAAAUGCCUGCAGUGUGGAAAGAGCUUCAAUCAGAAAGAGCAUCUUAGGCUGCAUGAAAGAACUCAUACAGGAGAGAAACCAUAUCAAUGUAUGGAGUGUGGCAAGAGCUUCAGUCAGAAAGGGACCCUUAGGCAGCAUCAAAUAAUUCACACAGGGGAGAAACCAUAUAAAUGCAUGGAGUGUGGAAUGAACUUCUGCUGGAAACAGGGCCUUGAGCGACAUCAAAGAACUCACACUGGGGAGAAACCAUAUAAAUGCAUGGAGUGUGGAAAGAGCUUCUGUGAGAAAUGGGAACUUCAGCUGCAUCAAAGAACUCACACAGGGGAGAAACCAUAUAAAUGCAUGGAGUGUGGAAGCAGCUUUAUUCGGAAAGGGGCCCUCAGGCGGCAUGAAGGAACUCAUUCAGGUGAAAAACCAUAUAAAUGCAUUGAAUGUGGAAAGUGCUUCGGUGCAAAAGGGAACCUGAGGCAACAUCAUCGAACUCAUACAGGGGAGAAACCAUAUAAAUGUAUGGUAUGUGGGAAGAACUUCACUUUUAGUUCUAGCCUUGCUUUACAUCAAAGAACUCACACAGGAGAGAAACCGUAUAAAUGUAUGGAGUGUGGAAAGAGCUUUAGUCAUAGCGGGUCUCUUUCUGCCCAUCAAAGAAUCCACACAGGAGAGAAGCCUUAUAAAUGCAGUGAGUGUGGAAAAAACUUCAUUCAUAAAGAGCACCUUAGGCAGCAUCAAGGAAUCCACAAAGGAGAGAAACCACAUAAAUGUGUGCAAUGUGGAAAGAGCUUCUGUCAGAAAGGUACCCUGAGACUACAUGAAAGAACUCAUACAGGAGAGAAACCAUAUCAGUGCAUGGAGUGUGGAAAGAGCUUCAGUCAGAAAGAGCACCUUAGGCUGCAUCAAAGAAUUCACACGGGGGAGAAACCAUAUCAAUGUAUCGAGUGUGGAAAGCGUUUCAUUCAGAAAGGGGCCCUUAGUGAUCAUCUAAGGGUUCACACAGGGGAGAAACCAUAUAAAUGCAUUAAUAAAAAGUGUGGAAAGAGCUUCAAUCAGAAAGAGCAUCUUAGGCUGCAUGAAAGAACUCAUACAGGAGAGAAACCAUAUCAAUGUAUGGAGUGUGGCAAGAGCUUCAGUCAGAAAGGGACCCUUAGGCAGCAUCAAAUAAUUCACACAGGGGAGAAACCAUAUAAAUGCAUGGAGUGUGGAAUGAACUUCUGCUGGAAACAGGGCCUUGAGCGACAUCAAAGAACUCACACAGGAGAGAAACCGUAUAAAUGUAUGGAGUGUGGAAAGAGCUUUAGUCAUAGCGGGUCUCUUUCUGCCCAUCAAAGAAUCCACACAGGAGAGAAGCCUUAUAAAUGCAGUGAGUGUGGAAAAAACUUCAUUCAUAAAGAGCACCUUAGGCAGCAUCAAGGAAUCCACAAAGGAGAGAAACCACAUAAAUGUGUGCAAUGUGGAAAGAGCUUCUGUCAGAAAGGUACCCUGAGACUACAUGAAAGAACUCAUACAGGAGAGAAACCAUAUCAGUGCAUGGAGUGUGGAAAGAGCUUCAGUCAGAAAGAGCACCUUAGGCUGCAUCAAAGAAUUCACACGGGGGAGAAACCAUAUCAAUGUAUCGAGUGUGGAAAGCGUUUCAUUCAGAAAGGGGCCCUUAGUGAUCAUCUAAGGGUUCACACAGGGGAGAAACCAUAUAAAUGUAUGGAGUGUGGAAAGACUUUCUGUCAGAAAUGGGUCCAUAGGCAGCAUCAAAGGAUUCACACCGGAGAGAAAGUGUAUAAAUGCAUGGAGUGUGGAAAAAGUUUCAGCCAAAAACAGUACCUUAAGAAACAUCAAAAGAUUCACACGGGGGAGAAACCAUAUCAAUGCACAGAGUGUGGAAAGAGUUUCAGUCUGAAACAUCACCUUAGGGACCAUAUUAGGAUUCAUACAGGGGAGAAACCUUAUACAUGUUUAGAGUGUGGGAAGAGUUUCAGUCAAAAACACCACCUUAGGCAGCAUCAAAGCAUUCACACAGGGGAGAAAAUGUAUCACUGCGUAGAGUGUGGAAAGAGAUUCUGUAAGAAUCAGAGCCUUAGGCAACAUCAGAGGAUUCACUCAGGAAAAACGGUAUAAAUACACGGAAUAUGGAAAGAACAUCAAGCAGUAAUCAGCUCUGUGCCAUCAUCAAAAUAUUCCCCCAGGAAGUAGGCCAUACAAAAAUAUGAAAUUUGGAAUGCACUUCAGUCAUAAAAGGGAUAUUAAGCAGCAUCAAACUAAUCAUAGAGGGGAGAAACCAUUUAAAUGCAUGGAACUUGACAAGAGCUUCUCUCUGAAAGGGGACCUCAAGAUGCAUCAGAGGGGAUAAAUCAUAUACAGAUGUGGAGAACUUCGCUUAUGGAGUGUAACUUGGGUAUCAUCAAAGGAUUCACACA